AACGAUUUAUUCAAAUUAGUAAACUUGCUGUGUAAUCAUCCAAAUUAUAACUUGCGUCAUUAACAAAAACCUCAGAUUAACAAACAUAAUUAUUACCAAAAAAGUAUUUAUUGCGUACAAAUAUUUUUUCUUCCUUCAAUAAUUAGUGUAACCUUAGCCACAAUUCGGUAAACCUCUUCACGGAAACAGUUUCAGAUUAUCCCGAAUUGAUCAAAAACCGUAAUAUAUCGUAUUUAGAUCGAAGCUAGCAACCCCGUGUGGUGUAUAACUCGCGUUGCAAAUACCGGGGGUUCAAAAAAUGUAACCUAACCUCACUCCUUUAACCCGACUUGUCAUUUCUAGCGACAAAAACCCGGUCCAAAAAUGGAUGCUGGCGGUGACAGAUCCUUGCAUCCGUCUAAUGUGGCUGUGAUCCGAGAAGUGUAUGAUAGCGAAUACUCGCAGCAGUGCUUCUCUUUGGAGUUAGAGAAGGCUCUCGACGCUCGUUGUACUGUCAUUGUGAUAGAACCGAGUCAGUUGGGAGACGAAACGGCCCGUUGGAUCAGCGUGGGGAACUGUCUGCAUAAAUCUGCAGUGGUUUCAGGGAUUGGCUCGAUUUUGUCUGGGACUAUUUGGCCGGAACGGUUCGUGCCCCAGGUCCCCUUUAGCAUAUUUUCGGCGUUGUGCGCCUCGCUGUACACAGUAUCGUGGCAGUUUGACCACUGUGUAAAGUAUCAAGUCGAGAGAGACCCUCGGAAGCUGGCAAGACUCCCGAUUUUGGGGGCUUUGACGGCCGCUUCGCCGGUUGUUUUAGUCAGAAAAGACAACACGAAGCGAAUUGUCCUCCAUUGGACAGUGUCUCUAACAGCGGCGGCUCUGUGUGCGUACCGACUUUACCGCACCUUGAAAUAAAGUCUCUAGUUUGUGUCUAGUUAAAUUAUACUGUAGAUUAUUCCAAGUUAAAACAUCGAGUGUUGGUACAAAACACUUUUUUGUCUUCCUUUCCCAACCAGAGGAGGGACAGUAUUGAAUAAAUUCGUUUCACUUCAUUAUGAAACAUUGUUAAUGUAAAUAGAUGUAAAGUUAAAUAAAAAUACAGUUGGAAUUUAUUUAA